AUGGAUGAGCAAGGGUUAAAUCAAAUGGAAAUCGAGAUGCAAAGGACUUUGGAUUCUUUGUCAAAAUAUAUAUCAUCUGGGAAAAAUAAUAAAGAGCACCUCAGAAAUGUCCUCGAACCUUUUAGCCAGCUGCUGAAAUAUACGAACCUUGAGGUAAACGUAUCUGUCACAAUUCGCUAUUAUGCUUGCCAAAAAUGUAAAAAACUAAUCCAUGUUUCUGAGUUAGGAAAUGCAAUUCGAUUGCCAUGUGCUGAGUCGCAUGUAUUUUGCAAUAAUCAAUGCUUAAAAGCUUUAAUUGAAGAUAUGACACUCAGAAAUAUUUUGGACUGAAAAGAAUUAAGCGUCUGCCCUUCAUGCUUCCAGAAAAUCCCAGAAAAUUUAAUUUUUGCUGCAUAUGGUGGGCGCGAAUAUUUCAAUAAAUUAUUAUAUGAAGAACGAGAUAAAAAAUUAAAUUUCCAGUGCCUUAUAUGUUUAGAAAAUUAUCAAGUCAAAGAUGGCAUAACACUAGAAUGCGAUCAUAGAUUUUGUAAUACUUGCUUAUCAGCGCAUCUUAAAGCAAAUAUAGAUGAAAGAAAAAUCGACGACAAAAAUUUAAAAUGCCCAAAUGAUUGCAAUAUGCCUAUUGACGUAAACAUUAUCAAAUAUUUGGUAGAUGAUGCAACUUUUCAAAAAUAUUUAAAAUUUUCAAUUACUGGAUGGCAGCCUACUGGAGAAGAUGCUAAGGAAAUCUACUUUCAAUGCCCAGGAGCUGGAUGUGAAAAUAUGAUUCUAUUGCCGAGCAACUUAGAAGAAUAUAAAUGCGAGCACUGCAAUCAUGAAUCAUGUCCAAAGUGUAGAGAUAAGCCUCACAAAGGGAAUACUUGUGAAGCUUAUGCUAAAUGAAAAGCUGAAAAUGACCAAGCCGAUAUAAAGUUCAAUGAACUGAUGAAUCAAAAUAAUUGGGUUAAUUGCCCAUGAUGCAGACAGCCAAUUGAAAGAGUUACAGGAUGCAAAUUUAUGGUAUGCAAUUCAGUAGCAUGCAGAGGAGCCAAAUAUUUUUGUUUUGAUUGCAAAAAAGGACUGAAUGCUGAUCACGAAGCACACAUUUGCUUAAGAACAUAA